AUGACGCUGGCCACAGCACCGCAUGACCAGCUUCAAGAUGCCUGUCCGACCUGCCUGCGCUGCUUCCACCUGCGGCCCCGCGCCUCCGCGCAGCAGCUCAGAGCGCGGCCGAGACCACAAGCGGCGGGAGCCCGCGAGAAGCCGCCGCGGAACAGCACUCGCAGGCCCGACACUGACCCAGAGGUCCCCCCGCCGCCCGGCGCCGCUCCCCGCGCGCCCCGCCGUCCCUCGUGGAUGCAGGGCGACGAACACACCAGCUUCUCCGGUCCUCCCCACCCCCACCCCCACCGCGCCACGAAGUCCCGCUCCGCGGCCCCAGCCUCUCAGUCCACUCACGCCAGCGCCCGAGCCGUCGUCGUCGCCGCCGCUACCCUUACAAACCACCCGCCACAGCCUCCGCGGCCAGCCCGGCUCCGCCCGGGCCCGAGGGCUCCUGGGAAAUGCAGUUCCUACCUGCCCCUCUGCGCUUGCGAGACCGCGCAGCCGGAUUCACGCAAACUACCACUCCCGGCGACCCGGCGUUCCACGUUACUAGGCGCUCACGUCCCGGCGUCUUCCGCCCGGGCGCGGUGUACACAUGUAAUCUUAGACAAUGCUGAUGUUCUGAGCCAGUAUCAACUGAAGUCUAUCCAAAAGAACCAUAUUUAUAUUGCAAACCCAGAUUUUAUAUGGGAAUCUAUCAAAGAAAGGAGACUGGUGGACAUAAAGAAUUACGAUCCCUGUAAGUCACUGGACGUCGCACCAACUCCUGAUCAAAAGGCAGGCAGCUCUGAAGUGAAAACUGAUGAUCCAUCCCUGGACAAUUCCACAGAGAAGGAAAAUACUGUUGAACUCACUAAGUUUUAUACAGAGAAUGUUGGAAUUCCUCAUUUUCUUCAAGAUUUUGAAGUUGCAAAAUAUAACACGUUGGAAAAAGUAGGGACAGAGGGAGGUAAGGAGAUGGCCGUGGUGGAGCUGAGGUGCCCCCAGAGCCCCGAGGACCCCGGGGACCACGGCUUUCUGAUAUCCGCACACUUCCUCCUGGCCGACGGCAUUGAGACCAGGAGGCAGUUCUCUGUAAAGAAAACCUCUGCAGAUGCGAGUGAAUACUAUGAAAAUUACAUUGAAGAGCUGAAGAAAUAAGGGUUUCUACUAAGAGAACAUCUGACACCCGAAGCAACCCAGUUAGCAUCUGAAAAACUGCAAGCACUCCUUUUAGAGGAGGCCGUAAAUUCAAGCGUUCUGAGCCCAGAGGUGAGCGGUUUGGUGGAGAUGCUCCGGGCGGAAGCUCUCGGCUGCCUGGAGCAACUGCUCAGACCGGUGUACAGGACGAGCCUUAAUGACGUGAGCAAGGCAGAGGGAAUUCUCCUCCUAGUAAAGGAAGUGCUGAGAAAUGGAGAAACAGAGGAACAAGUACAGACGAUGAUGGCUGAGUUCUACAGGUUAAUACCUCACAGAGCCGCCCCGGCCAAGAAGGUCAGCCUGAGGCUGCUGGCUAAGAAAGAGGACCUCUGCCUGCUAAUAAGAGACAUGGUUAACGUCUGUGAAACUAAUUUGUCCAAACCCAACCCACCAUCUCUUGCCAAAUACCGAGCUUUGAGAUGCAAAAUUGAGCAUGUUGAACCGAACACUGAAGAAUUUUUCAGAGUAGAGGUGUUGCAGAAUAAUCACAGUAAGAGUCCAGUGGACAUCUUGCAGAUAUUUAGAGUUGGCAGACUGAGUGAAACCACGGAGUUUUUGAGCCACCUUGGCAAUGUGACGCCCUUGCUGCACAGGUCCCCCGUACAGAGCUUUGUAGGAAUCCUGUCCUGGUAAGAGCACGCCAUCUUUAGUUU